AUAUAUAUAUAUAUAUGUAUAUAUAUUUUUAUAUAUAAUAUCUGGGAAAUCUGUUUACUUGACUUAAUCGAAUAUCUAUUCGGACUUCAGUACUGAAAGGAAAACAAGAACUGCUACAAAGAAAUACGGUAUCUGCCGUUUUUUGUGAUUGGAUUUCACCGGGUUCGGCUAGUUAGCUAGCUAACUAGCUAGCUAGCUGGUAGAAGCCUAGCGUUAACCUCUGUCAGGGAGCCCUCCGCACAGUUUCUUUUUCAUUGGCUGGGAAAUUGUUACUACCUGGUUGAUCUGUUGAGUGUUGCUAAGUAGCUUGGUUGUCGUCUAUGGUGCGGUUUUUUCCAUGUUGUGCUUAUUGAUUUAUUGGACUGCACGCUGUGAAACUGAAGCGAGACUGACCAGCUUCUGAGGACAAGUAAGCUAGCUAGCUUUCUGUCACCCUGUCCCACCCCUCGCCACUUAUCUCUGGCUAGCUAACAUUAGCUAGCUAGCAUCAACACGUAGCCUGGUACCGAAUCCUAGGCUGGUGGGUGGCUUAUUUGACAAGGCAAUCUUACAACAUAGCUACCUCCGGUGAGCAUGUCUUUGUAACGUUACUACUACCAGGUCUCUGUACGGCGUUAUGCACUGGUAAGAGAAAUAACACCAAAAGAGAAAGCAAACCAGCAACAUCUUCAUUUGUGAGCAAACGAGAAGUAUUGGACGUAACAAACUGCCUGAAGUUAGCCUACGGACAGCUAACAAUUGCUAAUUCUCUUGACAUUAAUUGAAAAAGGCUGCUCACUUGUUAGGUUGUCACAGUACACCAAGAAAUUAGACCUGAAACGUGGUUUCAUCUUUGUUUUUCCCCACUUUACAGAUAGUUGACUUUCGAAAUUUUGUUUGCUUGAAACAUAAAUUCUCAUUGUCAACGAAUCCCGAUAGGUAGGUUAAUCUAUUGGCCUUAAAAGCUAACCUCGAUAGCUAAUCCGCACUCCGUAAGGCUAACGCCUGUAGCAGGCUGUAAUCAUUAGCAAGUUAAUUAUUUAUGCUCAAAUUCUGAUAGCGUUCGCGCCAGAAAUUGCUAAUAACUUUUUCGUACAAAGAACCAAACUAUAUUAUCACACUGACGUGGAAAUAUUACAACUCAGGCUGUGUAAUUGGCACGUAUGUAGCCAGUGUUAAACUAGUCUCAGUUAAAGUUUUCUUUGAAUUUUGAACAGUACGAUUUGCCCUAGGAUAGAGACAAUUUCGGUCGAUUUAAGUAGACAUGCCCACUUUCUAGGUUAAUUAAUUACAACCCCCCAAUUUCAGUAGUCGGUUGCUCCAUUGACAGCAAGCGUUUUCAGUUCUGCAACACGUCCAUUACAUGGACUGAUAAGAAGUAUAUUUUUGUACGAAAGUCCAGAAUUUAAAACAGUAUAGUUACAUAUCAGGAUACCACCGCUAUACAGCCAUGAGUAUUGAGAUACCAGUUGGUCUGACUGAGUUGCUGCAAGGCUACACCGUGGAGGUGCUACGCCAAAGGCCACCGGACCUGGUCGAAUUUGCCGUGCAGUAUUUCACUCGUCUAAGAGAUACAAGGAGUCAAGACGGAUCCGGGGCUGGUGCCAAAUCCGCCAGCAAGGGUGUUAUGUUUGAUGGCGAGCCGAUGCAAACAGAGUCUAACGGCGACGAAGAUGACGACGAUGACGACUCAGACUUCGAGCCCCCACCCCCCAGCAGAUUUAGCCGGAGAGUGUCGGUGUGUGCAGAGGCCUUUAACCCUGAUGAAGAUGAGGAAGAUUCUGAGCCACGUGUUGUUCAUCCAAAAACAGACGAACAGAGAUCCAGGUUACAGGAGGCCUGCAAAGACAUAUUGCUGUUUAAAGCUCUCGACCAGGAGCAGUUUUCAGAAGUGCUGGAUGCCAUGUUCGAAGUCCUUGUGCAGCCACAAGAACAUGUAAUCACCCAGGGAGAUGAUGGGGAUAAUUUCUAUGUCAUUGAGCGGGGGGUGUUUGAUAUUGUGGUGCAGAAGGACGGUGUAGGCUGCUGCGUUGGGCAGUAUGAUAAUAAGGGCAGCUUUGGAGAGCUGGCAUUAAUGUACAACACACCCCGCGCAGCCACCAUCAUCGCCAAGCAGGAAGGGGCCCUCUGGGGACUGGACCGAGCAACAUUCCGUAGGCUCAUAGUAAAGAACAACGCAAAGAAGAGGAGAAUGUACGAGUGCUUCAUUGAGUCUGUGCCCCUCCUCAAAUCUCUAGAGUUGUCUGAGAGGAUGAAGAUUGUUGAUGUUUUGGGAGUGAAGAUUUUCCAGGAUGGAGAGAGGAUCAUCAUGCAGGGCGACAAAGCAGACUGCUUCUACGUUGUGGAAUCUGGGGAGGUGAAAAUCAUGAUGAAGAGCAAAACGAAAGCAGACAGGGAGGAUAACGCAGAGGUAGAAAUCACUCGCUGCACUAGAGGACAGUACUUUGGUGAGCUCGCUCUGGUCACCAACAAACCACGAGCUGCCUCAGCUUACGCCAUUGGAGAAGUCAAGUGCUUGGUUAUUGAUGUGCAGGCUUUUGAGCGGUUGCUGGGCCCAUGCAAGCAGAUUAUGAAGAGGAACAUCGCUCACUAUGAGGAGCAGCUGGUCGCUCUGUUUGGCUCCAGCAUGGAUCUCAGAGACUGAGACAGACUGCCUGUGCCUUACACACGCACACACUCUCUCCGUCAUACUUACACACACACGCACACACUCUUACCCCUACAUAAUUAAACACCGUUUAUAUACACACACAUUUUGUAGGGAUACACUCCUUUUUAUGCUCAAGUGCAGUUCUCUGAGAAAGAAAAUGAAAAAUGUCCCUUUCUCACUCACUUCCUUCCCUCUGACCUGCACACAUGCACGCUGGCAGUCAUAACUUCGACUCUGGUACAAAAUGGGCACUUUACCAAUCUUGGUGCUGUGACCCUUGGCCAACUGCAAUCUGGCAUGGGUGGAUGGACAGAUGAACAGACAGAUAAGACACCCAUUUGCUCACAUUUGUAAAAAAAAAUAAUAAUAAUAAUAAUUAAUUAAAAAAUGUGUCUCUCAUACACAGUACACUCAGUGCAAAUAAACCCAGCCAAGGACACCAUCCCAUUAACACAACAAAAAGACUAUGGAGGACAAGAGAACAAAAGAAAUGCAUUUAAAAAAAAAUCACAGGGGUUUGGGGCCUGGGGAAAAGGAAAAACCUGAAGUUAAAAAUGAAAAGGAAAAAAAAAAAAUCCAAGGAAUAGAAAAAAUAAAAGAAUGAACUGAAAUUUUAGAAAUAUUUUAUGACCAUUCAAAGCUUUGAUUAACACAUUUAAAUAAGAUUUGUUUCCUUUCCUGCUGUUGGUGCGUUGAGUUAGUGCUGGUGGUAUCCACAGUGACCAACGUAGGUCCUUGUCUUGCUCACAGAAUCUCCACAUUGUAUUGAUUAAUGUAUUAUUAUUAUUAUUAUUAUUAUUAUUACUAUUACAAUAUAUGGAUUAUUUUUGUUUUACUUUGACUCCACUGGCAGUCUCUUUAUUGGAGGAUGUGAGACAGAAUCUAGUGCUUAUUUCUCCUCGUGGUCAUUCUGGAUGAGUUGUCCUGAAGAUUAAAUAAAGCAAACGUUUUGGUAACAUG